CUUCCGGCGCCAUCCGGAAAUACACUGAAAAACAUGGCGUUGCAUAGGACAGACAGAACGAAAAACCCCACAUCAAAUGCUGGAGAUGUUUCAAAAGUCGACCUUCUGCUUCAUCCAGAGCUUCUUUCUCAAGACUUCAUUCAGCUCAUGUUACAAGAGAGGAAUAUAGCGGUGUCUGAUCCUGAGGACCGGGACCGGCUCACAGGCCUAUACCUGCAGCAUGUGAUUCCUCUCCCACAGAGAGAGCUGCCACGCAGCCGCUGGGGGAAGAGGAUGGAGAGGAGUAGACCGCGCCUGAGCUCCAGCAGCACACACAGUUCAAGCACUGAUAGUUGCAGGAAGAGGCCGUUGAUAGUGUUUGAUGGCAGCUCUACUAGCACUGGCAGUGUUAAGCUGAAGAAACCGGAUUCUUCAUCGGCACUUGUCACCACAGACAGACUAAAGCCCCCUGUUUCCAGUGUCAGUCUCACAAACCCUAUACGCAAGCUCUCAGGGGCACCCACAAACUGCUCUUCCUCAAACUUCUCUAACAGGACCCCAGUUUCAACAUCAGGAGCCGGGCCCAAGAGCCCCCCUAACCACUCCAACACCUCAGUACAUUCAAACAAUGCCACAUCUAAGCUAAAGCGCACGUCUCCCAGCAAAGGAGAACCAGACACUGCUAAGGACAUUAAGUCACCUGAAACAAAGAAAAAGAUCCAACAUGUCACAUGGCCAUAAUAUCUGGUGUCUUCUAGGAUGGAUGUUUUAACGCCACUGAUAUCGUCUACUGGCUCCGUGUGUUGGCCAACAGACGCAUGUGAAUUGGAAAGAUAGGUUCUUAUCAAACACCUCAAGUUGUCACUUUCACCUUUACUUACCAACCUCAAGAAAAGUGACUUGUGAUCCUCCAGUUCAAUUCACUGUUGGAGACGCUUCAAAUUUUGGCUUGUAGUGUUGAAAGAACUGAGACAUUCCUAGCAGUUUUAUGUUGGACUUAUACAAUUUUCACUUUUUAGCAGUUCAUUUAGAGAACUUUGUUUCUUAGUUAAUCAUGUUGGCCAAUUAAAGGAAUUAGAUGACAAACUGACAUGCUUUUUGGUCUGUCAGAGAUGUGUUUUACUGGCAUAGUAACUGGAUUUGCAUUUACUGAGUGGUGUUUUUCAAAAGGCAUUCUGUUAUUUAGAUCUGAGAUGGCCUGUCUAAGUGGUUUGACCAAUAUCAAGUAAAAACCCUUGACCGUUUCAUAUUUAUAGCCCCAUGGGGCCAGAAUGCAAUUCCGUGUGUUGCAUUAUGCAUUGGUGAAUGAAGGUUGUUUCACUUGUGAGUGUUUUAGUGCAGGUGUUUUCUAGACAUUAUGAAUUCAGUUUUUAUUGAACGCACCUCAUUGCAUGGAAUGCUCCUCGGUGACCAAAAAAUGAUAAAUAAAUGGCUGAGAGCAUUUAA